UUAUAUAUGCAGUUAAGCUUCAUGAAUGUCGACCAAUAUUAUUCAUAAUCUGGAUUAAUUUAUUCCAUCAUUAUUUGGCCAUGUAUAUAUCAAAGCGAUCAUCAUGUCAACAAAUAUAAGUUAUGCAGGGUACUUGAUGUUGUUUAGUUAUAAAUGGCAAAAAAUAGAAAAUUUCAAUGGUUUAUAAGUAAAGAUCUGGUUUUCAAUUAUGGAUGUAAGUGAGAAAAAUUCUCAUAGAUUGUUAGUCACCAAAUGGUUUGUUUCCUAUUUGUUCACAUCAAACCGCCUUUGCACUUUUGCAUUAUUUUUUCUUUCUUUUUCCCAGCUUCUGUUAGCUUAAAAAGCCCAUGCCUCCUUCCCAGUUAGUAUUAUAGAUUCCUCAAAUCCCUGCCUUCCCCUAAAUAUCACAGCCUUUCUUUCUUCUUUCCCCAGAAAUAGACACAAAUAUUUUCUGUCCUCGGCCAUGACAGGGAAAAGAAGCCAAACCAGCCCAGUUGGGAGCCCCUCGUCCGGAGACAUCAUGAUCUCUUUGAAAGAACAAGACCGGUUCCUCCCUAUUGCCAACGUGAGCCGUAUCAUGAAGAAAUCGCUCCCGGCUAAUGCCAAAAUCUCUAAGGAAGCAAAGGAGACCGUCCAGGAAUGUGUUUCUGAGUACAUCAGCUUCAUCACGGGUGAAGCAUCAGACAAGUGCCAACGAGAAAAGAGGAAGACCAUUAAUGGUGAUGACCUCUUGUGGGCCAUGACGAUACUGGGGUUCGAGAACUAUGUCGGACCCCUGAGGAACUACCUCGGCAAGUAUAGGGAGACAGAAGGAGAUAAGACUUCCAUGGCUAGACAGGGAGACCAAUCUCCGACUGAUUCCUGCACGGAUCAUGGCACUAAUUACAAUGAGAUUCACAGAGCCAUGAGUAGUAGUACUACUACUGCUAAUUCUGUAGCGGCGAACGCAGAUUUUCAGCGUUUUAGCGGUGGGUUUUAUUCAUUUGAGACACAAGUAAAUACGGAUAGUUAUGGAGCAAGUGGAAGAUCAGGCACGGUUUAUGAAGAGAAUAUGGUGAUUGGUGCUUUUAAGGGAAAUGAAUUCUGUGAAAAUGGAGAUGCAAAUGGCAAUAGAGCUGUGGCUCAAGCUCAUGAUCAGCUUUAUCACGAAGUAGUUGAGUGGUAGAGAUUAAUGAAAUAUAUAAUUAAUAUGUAGUACGUAAUAUGUACGAGUUUCAUGUAUUUGUUGAUGAUAAAUAAAUGUUACAUAUAUAUAUAGAUUAUGUACUUAUUAUGAUCAAUUAUAC